AUGAGUUCGAAAAUAGAUCCAAAGAAACGAUUGAAAGAUUGGGAGGUGAUCAAAGCCGCUGAUAUGCAACUCAUGAGAGAUGAAAAGCUGAAAAAUAGCAUGACAUCUUGGGUCAUCAAAUGUUUCAAUUCACCAACCGAAUACCUUGCUCCAAGUUUUAAAUCCGUGCCGGAGGAGUAUCAGAAAGGCCGAAAUCUCGGUUACUUUCUCAUAGACGAUGUGGAUAUAGGUGCUCUGUUUGUUUGGGAAGAAAUGCGUCAGAAGGAACAACAAGCGUGGGAUGAGAACUCGGUUAAAGAUAUGUCGUGUCUUCAAAGGUUCACAUCCAAAUGUCUUACUUAUAAGCAUCAAAAAAAGAUGUACCUCCGAGUGAUUCCUGCUUUCGACCCUGGUGAUGGAGUGGUAGGAGAAGGACGAGUCUUUGUGGAGGAUUUAAUUGAAGUCAUCAAUAUUCUGAAAACUCGAUAUCAUCUUUCCGAAUCUGAGACUGACGACCUGACUGAACUCACUACCUCUUGCAGCAAGGGUUGCAUUCCAACAAUCUCAUUGUCCAGUUGCAAAGAAAUAUUGGAGAAACGUAAUGUCGACAAGAAACUGGUCAUGUUCGCGGACGACCCCAUUUACCUCAUCGGAAUGCAAACUUCAUACAAAAAUGGAGAAUAUUUCAAGAUAUUGAGCUCUGGCGGCAUUCAACUCCUCAGUCUUUCGCAGUCAAUGAUGUUCCUCACUCAGAAUUGUAUUAUUGGAGUGAACUGGACCAAGGUGUCAAUGGAAGAGAGGCUCGCUAUACUAAAAGAGAUUUUUGCUUGUACUGGCUUUGGAAAGGAGAACUUUGUUCAAUUCUCCUUGAUGAUCAAAUGUGUGAUUGAAAUCAAGAAACAAUUCAAAGAAGUCUACAAAGAUCAAAUAAAAUAUCAAAGCUACACUUUCGAGGACGUCUUCCCGGAGAACUUGCUGGACUUCAGUUUUCUCCAGGCACUUGCCACCAAGUUCAACUUCUCCGACAAAAUCUUCAAACUGGAAAUGGCAGUUAUUCCGGUUUGGAUGAUGAGAGUUCAGUGGAUUGUUGCAUGGUUUGAGAGCAUCAAGGAUGGAACAUUCAAGAGCUGCGAUGAGUAUGGAAAUGCGAUGAUUGAAGCCAUUCUGGUUUGGGUGCCUAUGAAUUGCAGAUUCUUCAUAAAAUCUUAUUUGAUGAGUGUCUUCUUAGGAAUGGAAAGAUGUAAAGAGCACGAAGAUGUCAUGAAUGAUUACUUCUCAAGGUUUCGCGAUGGUUCAGAUUUAGUCCUACAAUACCACGGUCAACUUCCGGAUAUGAUGGACGACGAGAUGGAAAAUUCGAAAACAGAAAUGAGGAAUCAACAGUCUGGAUCUUUGGAAAAUAUUGUUCAGCAUUCACAGAGUGAAUAUUUAGAGAUAGUUGGUCAAACUUUCGAAUUGACUGAAAUUUCAAACUCACAAAGUAAAUCCGAAAAAGAUAAAGAAGUGAUCCGCGCACUUAUCGAUUUAUCCGCUACUCCAACUAAGAUUCCAAUCGAGAGCUCAGAAAAAAUUGGUUCAGUUAUUGACCAGCAGCCAACCACGACUAAUACUCACUGCCUCACCAAUCCACUUUUCAUCGACACCAGUCAUAAUAACCAGAAAAAAGACUCCGCCAUCUCCCCAAAAUUGUACAGAGUGAACGAAGCCGAGAUUCCAGAAUCUAUCCGUCAAAUUGUCGAGUCGGCAAUGAAGGAUUCCAGCAAAAAACGGCAAUGGAAAAGAAUCACAGAAGCAAAUCUUCACGUGUUGGAGAAAGUCAAAGGCAAUUGUCAUUUUAUUUCUUUUGAAGCGAAAACACUCGACGGUAGUGUCACUCUAAAACCGAGUUAUCAAGUGUGGACUAAAAAUAUGCAUGCCACGAGCAAUUGCCGAUACUUCCUCAUGGAUGACAAUGAUUUGAAAGUCGCAGAAGUACUAAGGCAAUGCGUCCAACAAUGGAAGGCUGAUGUUGCCCCGAAGAUGCUGGAGAGCAAGUUUAUUUGGGACGGAAACACGAGAGAAGUCGGAUUAACACAGAAACACAGCAUUUUCAUUCGUGUCAUCCAGCCUGCAGUUGUAGAAGACGUUGGGGAAGAACCUCGAAUCUUUUUGGACGAAGCGGUGGAAGCAGUCCGCCUAUGCCGCCAAACAUUCCAGAACGAUGAUUUUACACCAGAAGAAUUUGUGGAGUACCACAAAAUGUACCAACGAUCGGAAUUCGACUUCCCCACCAUCCCAAUCUCGGAGUUCGAAAAAAUUCUGGAUGUCUUUCAUAUCGACGACUCCCCAAUAACUCUCGUGGACGACCCAACUCAGAUACUCGGGAGUGCGAAAAUGCUGAUGAACGCCACACAUUUCUGCAUCGUUGCAAGUGCUGGAAUGCAAACUUUUGAAGUGAUUUCUUCCCGGCUUGCGGUGUUGUUCAUGGUGGAGUCUUUUAUUUGCGGAGUCAACUGGAACAUUGUCCCAAUGAACCAGACCAGAUGCGUAUUGGAAGAAAUUCAAUUGUUUGCAGUUCUUCCCAAAGGUCAUCACGUCUCCUACAAAAGAGUCGUUGAGAAAAUUAAUGAGGUACGAUUAAAGUACCCAGGAAUCUACGAAAUCGAGCCAUACCCAGACAUAUUCCUUCGCAAUAUGCACUCGGAAGAAAUGGUGGAAGUGACCCACUUCCAAAAUAUUGCUGUGGAAUAUGGGCUGGUGAAUCGGAUAUUCAUGGAUACGAAGCUACAUGUUUGGAAAAUCCGGACACUUAUCAUCACGGCAUGGAUCGAGAAUGUUUUGGCAGAACAUUACCAUCCGGAGAUCCGACAAGCGGUGGUAGAUGGGAUGCUGCACAUGGUCCCGCACGAAAAACGUGUUGCAGCAAGGCUGAAAUCGGGUCAAGCUCUCUUGAAAACACCACCACCACCCGCGGUCACACAACAAGAACCAUCCACCUCUGCAACCCCAUCACCUGAAAAAAGUCCAAAGAAGAGUUCGUUCAAAUGGUACUCGGUGGACGCUGGGAAGAACAUAAUCGAAAGUGAUGGAUCGGAACAUAUGGAAGAAAUCGAUGUAGGAUCCGGUGACUCAACAGGAGCUGGGUCGGAUACGGACUCGACAGGAACGUUUGACAGUGGAUUGAGUCCAAACGGGACUGAAGGAGUUGGAGAAACAACUGAAAAAGAUGAUGACGUGGAAUAUCAUGAGUAUGAUAUAGAGUUAUCUGAAAAGGAAGACGAAUUUGAAUCCGAUGUUACGGAGGAAACAAUUCGUCCCGAGGAACCUGAGAUUCAGGAAUCCCAAGUCAAUGCUCCAGAUCAGGAAGCCACUGAUGACGUCAAGAAGACUUCUGAUGCCCAAUCCAUUGUCCCUCCAAGCUCAAUUGAUCAAACUGCUAUUCAACAACCACAACCAAUCAUCAAGGAUAUCAACAAAGCCAAUGAGAAUGCGCCUAAACAAAAUGCUAUUAAGAAGAGGGAUCCAUUGAGACCCCUGAAAACUGAAGAAGAGCAAUCUAUGGUUCAAAAUUACUUUCAGUAUGUUUUGGAAGAGAAAGAGAGGGAGAAGAGGAAUAAAAUUUUACUGAACAGCAUGAGAAACAAAGGAGAUGAAAAAACACCGACUCUCCCGGGGAGCCUAGUCCAACCAUCUUGUCCUAACCUUGCUAAGGAAAUCGCGUCGCCAAAUCUCGCGCGGAAAAAAGAAGUGACUAAAGAGAAAAUCGAAGUCAAGAAAGUGGAGAAACAGAAGAUUCCUCCUCCAAAUCAGAUUGUAAUUGAGGGGAUUGUUAUCCAAGCUAAGGAAAUCGACGCAAAAGACACUAUUGCUCAACUCACUUACGAGAACUCUGAAAUUGAAGACAUUCUAACAAAGAAAGAGGUUGCUGCUGCUGGUGAAGUGAAAAAAGUCAAUCGCCUGAAUCCAAUUCUCAUGGAGAAUAGGAAUCUAGCAGAAGAUCUGGUUCAAAACUGCGUAGAAAAUGCUCUUGCUGUGUGUGAAUUGGGUCCUUCGUGGAGUGAAAUGAAGUGCUUCUCCAAUGCAGACGUUCUGGACUUUGAACCCAUUGAGCCAAUCAAAAUGAAGGAUGAAGAGACUGAAAAUCUUAAUCUGCAAUCAAUCCUUCACAAUGAUGUUACUAAUGACGUUCACAAUGCCCCAGGUCAAACCACGAAUCCUGAGUCUUCUAGCCAAGUUGUGAAUACUGUCAGUUCAUCAUCAGAACUGGCUACCUCAAUUAAGAAUCUCUUCAAGCAGCUUCGCUCAGAUGUCCAGAAGAAGGAGAAGACCUUCUUGAACCAAAAUCAGUCUACUGGAGACACUGGGGACACCGCUGUGCCGUCUCAACCUACCUCAUCUUCAGCUCUAGACCUCAUUGAUCAACUUCAGGAUAAAAUGAAAGAAUUGCUCAAAGAGAACCGAUUGCAAAAAAUUGAAAUUGAAAGCCAGAAGCAGUUUUUGGGAGUUCUCAUCGAUGCGCUGCCACCGAAGAAAACCGAAUAA